UAUACAAUUCAAACAUUGCAUGCAUAUAUAUUUUUUAACAAUAGUAAAUGCAAUGUAGAGUAACAUGUUUAGGUUGUAAAAUGACCUUUGGUUGGAUUUAACUAAUUUUAAACAGAAGCACAGAAAAAAAAUGAUUUCUUGAUUAACUGUAAUUCAGCAAAUGUUGUUCUGGGCUUUCAUUCAUUUUCGCUCCUACGUCUGUGUUUUUUUUUUUAGCUCUUUAGAGUAGCCUGCUUAGCUAGCUAUUUAAUAUCCUCCCUUGGGUAUGUGGUCUUGCAAGAGUAGUGUAAACUUGCAUGCUUAUCUGAACUGUAUUUGUCUAUAUUUAAGGGUCGUUUUAACAUUCAUUUUAUGUCUGAUUUGAUCAUACAGAUUAACAUGGACACAAAAGUAAGUUCAGAACUUUUUGUAGAAAAGUGUUUCUUUAUGACACUGAUUAGAAUGUGAAACUUGAAGAAAGAUACUGUGGACAGAUAGUUCAGUGAAGCCUGUAAGAAGGACUGUAGUUAGACAAGCUACAAGGUAUUUUUUUACAGUCACUAAGUUAGUUAGCCACUGCAACUAACUAUAAGGUGAAUAAGGUGGAUUCUGGAGGAAUCAGCUGUUUGGAAACAUCAUGGAAAGCCUAACAACGGUCUAGUAACUUCACAAACAACCACCUGCAAAUUACUUAAGCCAGUGGGUUUUAUCGUGUGGGAUAAAAAAAACUGGACUGCAAAACUGUAAUUCUUUUGAAAAUUAUAGAUGAGACAAAUAUUCAAAAUAUACAAAAAUAUGCAAAAAUAAAAUGUUAUACAGGUACAAGUAUGGUACAAAGACAAAUAUGGGUACAGGUAUAAGUAUGGGCAAAAGUGUGGGUUUAAGUUCUAGUAUAGGUACAAGUACAGGUACUAAGGGUUUAAGGUGUUACACUGUGUUUAUGUUGGUUCUGCAGAUGGACGUGAGUGAGGAGGAGACGAUGCCGCUGGUGAACAGUGAACGAGCAGGAAGUCACAAGUCCAGCUGUGACUCUGCCGUGACCGUCCAGCUGUACUACUGCCCCACGUCCAAGAGCGAGAGCACACUCUCCAUACCCGCCGGUCAUGUGACCGCUGAGAGCAUCUGUGUCCUCGCCGCCAAGAACAGCGGUAUAUUACCUGUAUUUCAUCACCUGUUCGCUCUGGCAUCAGAAGACCUUUCAUUCUGGUACCCACCGACCCACGUCUUCAAGAGUGAGGAAAACAUUACUGUCCACUAUAGAGUGCGGUUUUUCUUCUCCAGCUGGUUUGGUGAGGGGUCCAAAGCUUCGUACCGCUACAGUCUGACCACAGGUAGGAUCUGCGCUGUGCUGGACUACUGCGUCAUCGACUACCUGUUUGCUCAGUCUCGGAGUGACUUCGUGUCCGGCCGUGGCGGGGUGAAUCCUCCGCUCGGUGCUAUGCAGGAGUGUCUGGGCCUGGCCGUGCUGGAUCUGUGGAGACAGGCCAAGGAGAGGAACCGCAGCCCCAGAGAAGUGUGCAAGACCGUCAGCUAUAAGUCAUGUCUGCCAAAGACGCACCGAGAGGACAUCCAGAGAAUGAGCCGUCUGGCCCGAUAUCAGAUCCGAAAGACUCUGAAGCGCUUCCUGCAGAAGCUGGGUCAGUGUUCGGCCGGAGAGCGCAGCCUGAAGCUGAAGUAUCUGAUGGAGCUGAGCGCUGUGGAGCCCAAUUACGGAUCAGAACGCUUCACUAGGUGGCUGCAGCGCUCCGGCACGCAGUCGGUCACUGUGGUCAGAGUGUCUGGAGAGGGAGGAAUCCAAACACGUGCCGAGGAGGGCCAGGACUGGCAGACGUUCUGUGACUUCCCUCAGAUUACAGACAUCAGUAUAAAGCGAGUGGGUCAGGAGCAGCUCCCUGCAGAAGGACGAAUGGUCACUCUGACCCGACAGGACGACCGCUGCCUGGAAGUUGAAUUUCAGACCCUGGCAGAGGCACUAUCCUUCGUAUCGCUAAUCGACGGCUAUUUCAGACUGACCACAGACUCCAGUCAUUACUUUUGCUCGGAGGUUGCUCCACCCAGUCUUCUGCAGGACCUCGAAAGCCACUGUCAUGGUCCUAUCACGUCAGAAUUUGCCGUGCACAAGCUGAGGAAGGCUGGAGCCCAAGACGGCAUGUUCCUCCUGCGCCGCAGUCCCAAGGAGUUUGAUAAAUAUUUCCUCAUGGUCUGCUUACAGACGCCACUGGGUGUGGACUAUAAGGACUGUCUGAUUGAGAAGAAUGAAAAGUUUCACCUGGCGGGAAUCCACAGCUCCUUCUGCAGCCUGAGAGGCCUGACAGACUUCUACCGCCAAAACACGCUGCUGCUGUCCGACAUACCCGUAACUCUGGGCAAGUGCUGUCCACCCAAAGCCAAAGAACUCUCGAACCUGGUGAUCAUCCGGAACAGCAGCGUGUCCGAGAUCCCCAGCUCCCCCCCACUGCAGAGACACCGACCCAGCCACAUCCAGUUCCACAUGAUCAAACACGAGGAGUUAAUCUGGAAGGAGAGUUUGGGUCAGGGCUCCUUCACUCACAUCUACAGGGGCUGUAAAACGCACCACCGGGAUGGAGAAACAUACACCACCGAGGUCCUGCUGAAGGUUCUGGAUGCAGAACAUAAGAACAGCUGGGAGUCUUUCUUCGAAGCAGCCAGUCUGAUGAGCCAGAUUUCCCACAAGCAUCUGCUGCUGGUGUAUGGAGUGAGCGUCCACAAAUCCAAAAACAUCAUGGUUCAGGAGUUCGUGAAGUAUGGAGCUCUGGAUCUGUACCUGAAGAGAUCGUCAGUGUCGCUCAGCUGGAAACUGGACGUGGCCAAGCAGCUGGCCUCCACCCUCAACUUCCUGGAGGAGAAGAACAUUGUGCACGGGAACAUCUGCGCUAAGAACCUGCUGCUGGUUCGAGAAGGGGAUGCAAACUCAGAAAACUCGCCCUUCAUCAAGCUCAGUGACCCGGGCAUCAGUGUGGCCAUGCUGGGAAGAGAGGUGGUGUUAGACAGAAUCCCCUGGGUGGCGCCGGAGGUGCUGGAAACGCUGGAGCUGGGUCAGCAGAGUGAUAAGUGGAGUUUUGGGACGACGCUGUGGGAGCUGUUUAACGGUGGGGAGGUUCCUCUUCAGCGCCUCGACCCCAGACAGAAGCUGCAGUUUUAUGAGCGACGCUCUCAGCUGCCCUGCCUGGACUGGACUGAGCUAGCUGACCUCAUAGCUCAGUGUAUGGAGUACCAGCCUGAGCUCAGACCUUCAUCCAGGAGCAUCAUCCGCCACCUCAACAGCCUCAUCACCUCCGAUUACGAGAUUCUGCAUGCGUCAGGCACUCUGCCAGAGAGAGACAGUUUCUGGAGGGCACUGAGCAUGCCCAGACAGCAGGAGCAGGACGUGUUUGAGGAGAGACACCUGCGCUUUAUAUCUCCUCUGGGCAAGGGUAACUUUGGCACUGUGGAGCUGUGCCGUUAUGAUCCGCUGGGUGAUAAUACGGGCGAGUUGGUGGCUGUAAAACAGCUGCAGCCCAACAAGCAGACCAACAUGAGUGACUUCCAGAAGGAGAUCCAGACCAUCAGCUCUCUGCACUGCGACUACAUCGUCCAGUACCGAGGAAUCUGCUACAGUGCAGGUCGUCUGAGUAUGAGGCUGGUGAUGGAGUAUCUGCCGUACGGAAGUCUGAUUGGGUAUAUGGAGAAGUGUAAAAUCACUGUCAGCGCCAAGAGACUGCUGCUGUUCGCUUCUCAGAUCUGUAAGGGGAUGGAGUACCUGCAGAGUCUGCGCUACGUCCACCGUGACCUGGCUGCCCGGAACAUCCUGGUAGCCAGCGACACGCUCGUGAAAAUCGCAGAUUUCGGCCUGACAAAGAUCAUCCCAUACGAUAAGGAAUAUUACCGGGUCUCGCAGUUUGGAGAAAGCCCCAUCUUCUGGUACGCGCCUGAAUCCAUUUCUGAGUAUAAAUUUUCCCACAAGUCGGACGUGUGGAGUUUUGGCAUUGUUCUGCAUGAGCUGUUCUCCUUCUGUGAAGUGAGCCGGAACCCCAAACGACUCUCCCUUCAGAGGAUAGGCAGUGACAUCCAUGGCCCCAUGAUGGCGGUCCAUCUGUUCAACGUCCUGAAGGAGCACUGGAGGCUGCCAGCACCGUCCCUCUGCCCACCAAAAGUGUACAGUAUGAUGAUGCAGUGCUGGGCCUUCACCAGUGAGGACAGGCCCACCUUUUCCGAUCUACAGCGCCUGAUUGAGAACUGCCUCCAGGACGAGAGGGAAGGAGUGAAAGGAUAAACGAAUGACAGGAUUUUGGAUAAAUAAAGUGCUGCGUGAUCUGUAUAAUAUAAAUCAUAUCAUCUAGUUAAGAUCCAAACCUUGUUUUUCUUUCUUACUUUUUGACUUCAAACAGGUCAGACAGAUGUUUCUUAGAUUGUAUGAGAAUUUCAUGAUGAAGGGACCAAUAGAAAUGUUUUUACACUGCCAUGCCAAAAGUCAUGGUACAGGCAAUAGUAUCAUGUCAUGUGACUUUUUCCAGGUCCCAUAGAAAGUAAAAAAAGAACACUGCACUGACUUGUCUGUUCAAACGGACAGUUCUAGCCAGACACCGCUGGUCACCAUCACUGCCCUCUGAGCUGUCCACUGUCCCAUGAUUUUUGGCAUGUUAGGGAUGCUGUCACGUCCUUGCCCUGUUCCCUGUUUUCUCCCGUCUGUGCUCGUCUUUCUCUGUGUUUGUUUACCUUUUCCCUUCGUGCAUGUUUCUUCACGUGCCUCUUUUCUGUGUUCAUUUGUAGCUCCGCCCCCUCGUUACCUGCCUUCAGGUGUUCUUUUUCUGUUUCCUGUCCCCUUCUGUGUGUAUAAAUAGUUCUCUUCGUUCCUGUCUCACUUGUCCGUGGUUGUACGUCAGUCAGGUUAUGUGUUACGUUGUUUUUUCUAGUCUCCAUGUAUUCAGUGUUUCUUUGUUUCUUGAGUUACUAGUCGUUUAUUUUGUGUUCUUUUAAUAAAUUCUCGCAUUUGCGUCCGCACUUCACGUCUCCAUGUCUCGAUCCUGCUUCGUAACCUGACAGAUGCAUUGAUUUCCAUUGACAAAAAAGAAUGUUUUUACCUGUUUCUGUAAAGCUGCUGUUUUGAUAUUAUUUGUUGUUUUUGUUUUUUUUAACUGUGUGUGUGUACGUUUGUGUGUGAGUAAGUGGACAUCAUUUUUAUUUUAGCAUGAACAGAGUAUUUUCUCGCUUUAAGCUUUACUCCAGUUAUUAUACUGUACUGAUUUUAUAAUAAAAAUAAACCUGUUUUUUAAACUUGCA